AUGGCAGAACCAGGCGCAAUGCGGCUCGACGCCGCGCCGAAGCGCCGCCAGGACAUUAUCAGCUCCAUCCUGAGCGACUACGGCGACAGCAGAGACGCCGACGACGACGUCGACCUGGACGACUACUACACGCAGGCACAGCCGUCGCCCGUGCCCGGCGCAGCUGCAGCACCUGCGUCACCAGCGGCCAAGGACAAGCCGCUACCACCGCUGGUGGGCUUCCAACUGCGAGUGGCCGAUGCGCCUGCCGCCUUGCAGCCUGGCGCACCGAGUGGGAACACGCCGGAAGCGAAUAUGAUAAUCUCCUCGUUUCGCGGCAGACGCCAGAAGCCGCCAGACCUUAAGCUGGCCCGCAGCAACGGCUCCACAGCCAUCACGCCGGCCACCGCUGCCACGCCUGCCAAGCCCGACUCCAGCUCCCUGUUACCUUCCCUGACCCUCUCCGCUCCUCACCCUCAACACUUGCCCACCCACGACCGUGUCAGAGGACACGCAUCCGCCCGCCUGCUCGACGAGCGCCCUCUGCCGCCCACCCCGCCGCAGCCUCCCGCCAAAAACGACGCGCGUCCGCCGUCCGACCACACUAUCUCCGCUGCGGGUGCAGCUGCCAUGGGAAACAAGGCCUCGAAGGCCGCCGGCGACGCAACAUCGCCCUCGCAGCGUUCCAAAUUUUCCUUACGCCGCAAGCCCGUCAGAAAAGAUGCCGUGCCGCCCGCCGAAGCUGCCAAUGGCGCCUCCAAACCUCCGCCUCAGGGUGACGUCGCUCCCGGAGCUCUAGCUGGCGCCGCGCAAGCUCCAGCUCCCCCUCCCGCGCCGCCAAUGCACACGUCCGCAUCCACCACGUCGCUGCAGCAAUCAGUGGCCGCCAGUGACUCGCAACCCUCGGCUUCGCACUAUGAAGCAAAUGGACACUUGCAGUCGCCUUCGACUACAAUGUCUGACGCGACCGUUGUCAGGGCCCGCUCCAACUCCCCGCCAACUGAACCCGAAGAUGAGGAGCCCAUCACGCCAACUCUAAAACCCGCCGCCGUCGACCUGCUCCCUUCCCCUAGCCCCGUCCCUGAAGAGAGCCCGUCCAAGUAUGGCGUCGUUGAGAAGCCCGGCAAUCCAGAGACCGAAAAGCCCAAGGUCGCGAUGCACUACCGCGGCAAGAGCAGCACGGGCUUUGACAUAUUCAAGAAUACCAGGCCUUAUAUGGGCACUCACCCGCCGCCUGUCCCCUCGAACCCGGCAACUGUCAUGAGAGUUCCUUCUGCAAUUACCUCGCCGCUCGAGCUCACUAGCCCGACCCUUGCCGAUUCGACUCUUCCUGCUUUUGAGUUCUUCAACACGCAACUUCGCCCUGAAGGGACCAUUGUCCCCAGGCUCAAUUGUGUCCACAUGCAAUGUUUUCACAACCACCGGCGCUUCCACCGAAGUAACAACCGCCUUCUUCCAAUCGGUUGCAUGCUCUGCUUCUCUUGCAGCCCCGAUCCCCAUUGGACAUGCACUUGGUGCGCCCUGCGCAUCUGCCAGGGCUGCCGAGCGAAGCUUGAAUCAAUUCCCCGCAAGAGCCUUGACAUUUUGAUAAAGGAGAAAGCCGAGGAGAAAAUUGGUGAGAAACCCGUCGGAGACACGGUCACCGCAAGAAAUAAUAAGGAGAACCUAAUGGUCAAGAAGAACUGGAGGUCAAUGCACGAACCGAGCAAGGUCGUCGUGUGGGAGAGUUGA